AUGGCUUUUUCACAAUCAAAUUCAAGAGAAUUACAAAACAGAAAAAUUUUGGAAGAAUUGCAAUUAAAAAAACAAAUGCUUUUAAAGCAAGGUGUGGCACCAACAUUGAACACAUCAUUAGUAACUUCAACAGGUUCCCCUUCUAAUUUGCCUUCUACACAACCCUCUGAUGGUGUUGCUAUGAGUGCAUCCCAAAGAGCUGCCUUACAUAACGCACAUGCAGCAUCAUCAGGAUAUUUUGUAACACAGGAUUCUUCUUUUGGCAAUCUUAUUUUACCAGUUCUUCCUAGAUUUGAUACUAAAUAA